AUGGAAAACAAGCCUAUUGAAACUAGAUCCAGAUCGAGUGGGGUUUUACCAUCUCGAUCAACAAUUUUGAGGGAGUUUAAUAUGUUUAAUAAAGCUAGACUUGAAGAAAGGAAAAAAAAUGUAUUAAAUACAAGUGCAUUGAAUAAAUCUGUGGUUUUCAAAAGGAAAGAAUUCUAUACACCUAAUAUAUCUCCUAGGCUCCUAAAUAAAACGCAAAUUGGCAUAAGAAAUGUUGAAACUCCUAAUAGGUUAAAUCAGUCACAAAACGUAAAUCUUCCAAUAAAAGAAACUUCUUUAAGGGGAAAUAACGACCCACAUGCAUUUGCAAGAGCAAUUCAUCUUGAACCUAAACUAACAAAUAAUUCGCAUUUAUCGUUACAAAAUAAACAAAGGAAAGAAAAAAUUAUAGAAUUUUCCCAUAGAUAGCGCUGUUUGCCCUUGAUUUGCCCAUUAGGAAAAUAUUUUGGUUUGACCAAACCAUAUGGUACUGUCGAACCAAAAAAUUUUCCCAGUGGGCAAAUCAAGGGCAAACAGCGCUAUCUAUGGGAAAAUUCUUUAAAAUUUAUGAAGAAAGUUCUGUAGUUGAGCUCCCCUCAGUCAACAAGUCUAAAAGAAAAGCUAUAAAAGAGGCUGUUUCAAGAAAUCAGAGUCCUUUAUCUAAUUCAGUACCUGAGAUAAGGCAGGUUAAUAUAGCAUCAAAAAUUCCUGUAAGAUGUGCAUAUUUAACGAAAACAGGGGUUUCUGCAGGAAAAACAAAAGCUAAUAAUCAAGAUGCGUUUAUUUUGAAAUAUAAAUUUGGACAAGUUUUUAAUCAAAUUUUAUUAGGAGUUUUAGAUGGUCAUGGCAUCGAAGGACAUCUUGUGUCAAAUUUCAUUAAAAGGGUUCUGCCGAUAGAAAUAGAAAGCAACAGUCCUCCAGAAGGUAAAAUUUUAUAUAGUUAUCACAAAUAGCCAUAUCCCAACAGAAGAGCUGCAUUCCAAGCUAAAAGAAAGCAUUACUAAAGGCUUUUUAGCUGCAAAUGUUGAUUUAAGCCAAAAUAAAACGAUAGAUUCCAAAUUUUCUGGGACCACUGUAAAUUUAGUUUUAAUCAGAGGAAAAUUUUGCAUAUGCGCCAAUGCUGGAGACUCACGAGCCAUUAUAGGAAGAUAUGAAAAUAAUCGAUGAACGCCAAUUCCAUUAUCAAACGACCAUAAACCAGAAGUAGAAAGCGAAAGAAUUAGAAUAGAGAAAUAUGGAGGAAGGGUAGAACCUUAUAGUGAAAUUGCUGGACAAUUUUUGGGCCCUCAAAGAGUAUGAUUGAAAAAUUCACAAAUUCCUGGACUUGCUAUGACAAGGUCUUUAGGUGAUUUUAUAGCUUCACAGGUCGGGGUAAUCCCAGAUCCUGAAAUAAAAAUCCAUGAAAUGACGAAAAGUGAUAAGUUUAUAGUGCUUGCGACUGAUGGAGUAUGAGAAUUUGUAUCUAAUGAAGAGUGUGUCAAUUUGGUAGGAAGAUUUUAUAGAGAAGGAAUUCCAGAGUCAGCUUGCAAUGCGUUGAUGGAGAGAGCGUUGAAUUAUUGGAAAAAUAUCGAUCAAGUUGUAGAUGAUAUUACUAUAAUUGUAGCGUAUAUAAAAUAA